GGGAAUUGGGUUUCUACUGACGUCAGUGCAAAGUCCCAGAAGUGUUGCCUCCAUCUUUUUUGGAUACAUGUAUGGCAUACACAACAACACUCCGCAAUGGUGCCAUGGUCUAUUGUUGAUCUUCUACAUCAUAUCCUUAUCGGGCUUCUGGAACAACCCCCUCUCCAACCAUGAGAUUCAUCUGCUGCCCAUUAUUCAUAUUGUCAUCCAUACAGGUACUACGAGUGCCGCAGGCUAAUGCCUUCGUCUCCACGCCGUGUCAUCUCGUUCGUCGCCAAGGCCAAUUUCCUGAUCUUUCCGUUCCUUCGCAUAUCAAGAGACCAUUAUUAUUUUCCAGCUCUACGAAUGACGAUAAUGAGCAAGAAGGCGAAGAACUCUCGCCAGAAAGAGUGGCGGAACUAAUUGAAGUAUCAUUCGUCAAUGGCGUCAUGCAAUUGAGUCAGGGAUACGUGGAAACGAUCAAACUCUUUAUUGCCAGCGUUAUUUCUGGCUACUCUCUGGGAAUCAGCCCCCAGCGGCUCAUGGAAUAUGUCGCUGCUUGUCCAGAUCAAUCUGCCAAUCGACCCUUGAUGGACGAAGAAAUCCAGCUAAGAAGUACUUGGAUACAAGUGGUUUAUUUGGUGUUGGAGCAGGUCGGAUACUUGGAAAAGACAGAGGGCGAUGAUGAUGAUGGCGAGGAGGAGGUGGAUGCAUCCGUUCGGGAGACAUACGAGUCAGCGAUCCCAUUACUAAAACAACUCAAGGAAAAUGGCGAAUCUUUUGAAGGCCAAAAAAUAUUCAGCAAACUGUCGAUGGAACCUCCCGAAAAUCCACUCGAGGAGGCGCUUGCGGCUCAGAGUCUCAAAGUGGCAUGGUUGACGCUAGUGGUUCUCGAAGAAGAGGAACAAUGCCUCGAGGACAAGAAACCUACCAAACCGCAGCCACCAAUUCCUGGGGCAUUCAACUAACAUUGUAGCUAUGGUGGUAGCUCGACAGCAAGCUGUCGGAGACGAUUGUGGGUACUCUCGUUUGAAGGCUGGUGCUGCUGACUCCACCUUUCGAAUUUGCCUCGUGGUUCCAAAGGUGCCAUCAUCCGUAUGCAUACCGGCAUCAUGCAAGAUACUAGUACGCAAUAAAUGUCUUCUUGCUGGGCUGCGUAUGAGUGACGAGUCAUUGGGUGCCAUACAUCGAACGGUACGAGUUCCAUGUACGAGCUGCUUGGGCGACGAGUUCAUCAAGUACUAUAGGUCUAGCCAAGGGUACAUGUACAAAGUUGUGUGGAUUGCAAUAGUUCACAAUAUUGGUUGACAAUUUAGUAUACAAUACAGGUUGCAUUAUG